AUGGAAAACUUACUCGAUCAAAUCAAAGCGAUAGCAGAGGGCGUGGAUGAACAAACCCGCCGGGCGAUUACCGAGAGCCUGCGCAAAUUGAGCAUAUCCUUGGAAGAUUCUGAAGACACUGUAGAGAGGAUUGCCUUCGCGCCUCUGCAGUUGUUUGCAGCAAAGAUCGGCGUCGACCUCCAUAUAUUCCGACGACUCGCAGCUGUUGAAUCAUCUACUGGCCUAGAAACACUGGCUCAUGAAACCCAAGCCGACCCAUUACUACUCGGGCGGCUGCUGCGCUACUGGGCCAGCGUCUCGAUGCUUACGGAGGUUGAUGUCGACACUUUCGCUGCUAAUAACAUCACGAAAGUCUUGGCCUCACCAAAGGGAGAAAGCUACGUCCGUGUUUACUAUGAGCUUGUUUCCCCCGUCUUCUACGAGCUACCAAAGUUUCUUGAGAGAACCGGCUAUGUGAACCCGACAAACCCCUCAGAGCUCCCUCUGCAAGAUGCAUACGGAUUCGAUGGGGACAUGUUUGCUUAUUUUGAGACCUUCCCGCAAAAACAAGCCCUUUUCAAUACGCACAUGGAACUGCAAAGAAACCUGAUAACAAAUUGGGACACUCUUUGCUCCCUCAUCCGAAGCAAGCAUCCUGUUCCUGGGGAGGUACUCUUUGUCGAUGUCGGAGGGGGCAACGGCCAUCAGUCCCGACGCAUUCGAGCGGAGCUUCCCGACGUUCCUGGUGAGAUGAUUUUGCAGGAUCUUCCUCAGGUCAUGGCAAGUGCAGAGUCCAUAACAGGGGUGACGAAAAUGAACUAUGAUAUCUUUACUCCGCAGCCCGUUCGCGGUAAGCUUGUCAGACACAAGAAGGCAACCUGGGAUGAAAGCUGA